AUGAAACACAGUGUCUGUCUGUACCUGAAACCCGACGUUCACAAGAAAUCCAAACACAAAACCAUCGUGAAGAAGAAAACUCUCAACCCGGAAUUCAACGAGGAGUUUUUCUACGAGACGAGUCACAGCGAGCUCUCCACUAAGACCCUGGAGGUAACCGUGUGGGAUUACGAUCUGGGAAAAUCCAAUGACUUCAUAGGUGGCACCACACUGGGAAUGAACUCCAAAGGGGAUUGUCUGAAGCACUGGUUCGAAUGCCUUAAGAACAAGGAUAGGAGGGUGGAGCAAUGGCACACGCUCACCAAUGAGCUGCCUGGUUCUACCUACAAUGACUAGCUCCUCCCCCCUCCUCCUACUCACUUAUUGAUCAGUGGGUGGCUGACAAGGGGAGGGGUUUGGAAAGAGGGCCUAAGGGGGAGCCUGGCAGAUAUUAAUGAGGGCUUUAAACCUGAGAAGACUUUCUUUCUCCCUCUCAUCCUCCCCC